AGAACCUUGAGUUUUAUCAGUGGCAGAUAACUUCUUACCCCCUGCGGCCUUACCCUGAGCGCUUUGAAUGCUGUUAUCCUGUUUUAUCAUGGUAGUGCUACUGCCACUGCGACGCGGUAAAUGCCACAUGCUACGCCAGCACUCGAUGGAAGGGAAAGUAUCUCUCGCGGGAAGACGACUGUGACAAUCUGCACUUGUCACACUACUCCGUACAUCUUCUUGUUAUCAUCAUGGACAGGAUGCCUCCUCAGAUCUUUAUGAUACAUAUCUCACGACAUCUCCAGUGACAUUUCCGCAUGUAGAUUGUCUGCUGUUCAUGUCAAACACGCUCCUUGCUUGCAGCCUUUACUCUUCCAGAUCAUCUUACGGCGGCGAACAAGAUUCGGUGGAAGUUUGUGAUUUCAUCACUUGGCACACAGCUUCAAGCUGCCCAACAUGGUGACGAUGAACCAUGACUACACCAAGGGCCAGAUGAUCGGUCUGGCCAUCGGAUUCAUGAUCAUUCCCACAGUGUUCUAUGGGCUUCGCGUCUGGGCGAAGCUACUCGUCAAACGAUUCGCAUGGGACGAUUACCUGACCGGAGCAGCGCUCCUGGUAUCUAUCACUUGCUGUACUCUCCAACUGGCUACUGCAAUUCACGGUCACUUGGGACAGCAUCAGCCCACAUUCCCCGACGGCUCCCCCAUCAUGGACGAUCCAGGGUUGAUCUUCUUCGAAGAGACAAAGUUUGCGCUCAACAUGAUUUCUAUUCUCGGCUUGGGACUGGUCAAAUCAUCCAUCCUCUUGUUGUAUUACACCCUCUUUCCAAGCCAGAGAUUCCGCUACGUCGUCUUUGGUGUCCUUGCCUUUGUGAUUGGAUGGACUGUUAGCUUCUUCUUUUCCCAUCUCUUUACUUGUUUCCCAAUCACGGUGUUCAUCGAACCCUACUAUGGCAACUCGUGCGUUCAGACGGUACCAAUGUUUCUCGCGCUUCUCUUUACCGACGUCGUCGCCGACUUUGUAAUCCUUGUGCUACCAGUCGCGAUGGUUCUCAAAGUACAGAUGCCCCUCAGGAAGAAGCUUGCAGUGAUCGCGAUGUUGGGACUUGGCGCUGCUGUGUGUGCUGUGAGUGUCACAAGAGUGGUAGCUACAUUCGCUAUCGCGGAAGAAUAUGUCAAGCACCCUAACGACGUGAUAUACUACACCGCCCCUGUCUUCUUCUGGACCAACAUUGAACUAUCGCUGGCUAUUGUUUGCGCCUGUCUCCCAACACUGCGGCCAAUUUGGGUGCAUUUCUUCCCUAAGCCCAUUACGACAGGAAACGAUUCCUACGAGUACGGAUCAUCACGACGUAUUGGAGGAAAAAACAGUAUGAGAACGCCGAGAACACCAUACGAAGAGCUGGAUGAAUUAGAAAUGAUUCGAAACGAUGACAAGACACGCUCAGGGUCCCCCGAAGGACGGGAUAUUCUCAGAGAGACAACUAUCCACCAGACGAUUGAGCCUUCGGACAGUUCAAGUACCGCUAACUUAACAACUAAUGGUGUCGGACUAUGAGGAGGAGUCCGAUUAGCUUGAGAGAGAUUCCUAUGAGCGUUGACUUUGGACAUUUACACCGAAACUGAUUCAGACUUUGUUACCUAGCCAUUUGAUUAGAUUCGACUUACUCCAUAUGAAGGUAUCCAUUUCAACUUGCGUGCGGUAUUAAUGCCUCACUGUUUUUCUUCAACCUACCCAACGUCACGCAAUCACAGUACAUGUAGUCAAUUCUGAACGUCGGUCGCAUAACUUCGUUAUUCACGUUAUUCAACAAGCCGCGUGGCUUCGAGAAAUCCACGUAGGCCCUGGGACAUUGCUAAGAUUACUCUUCGGAGAGCAGCGGUGCCGCCCUGCUGAGGAUUGACGGGUCUAACAAAUGCAUAGUUCUUGGU